ACACAUCUAACAAAUUAAUAGAAAACAUAUACAGAACAGGUAUAUAUUAUUUAUAAUUAUCCUGCCUGUCAAUUUGACGACGUCCAGUCCUGAAGUCCAGGAAAAGAUGGAAGAUAAAGUGGUGACAGCGACUCUAAUGGAAUGUGGAAAUGCCGAAAUAACUUCCUCUGUCAAAGAUGAAGUGGAGGCCGUGAUAAAGGAUGGAGCUCAAGAAAAUAAUAACAAAAUACUGCAAAGCCCACUUCAAGAGGGAAGGGAAAAACAGUCCUGGCCACGAAUGACCAAGAAGUUCCUUAAAGACAACUGUAAGCAGAAUAACCUUUACUCAACACCUUCCCUGAAUGACACACUGUACCUGCAUUUCAAAGGUUUCUCCGCCAUUGAGAACCUGGAGGAGUACACAGGACUGAAGUGUCUCUGGCUGGAAAGCAAUGGGCUCCAACGCAUUGAAAAUCUGGAUGCCCAGACUGAUCUGCGCUGCUUGUUCCUUCAGCAGAACCUCAUUUACAAGCUGGAAAACCUAGAACCUCUGAAAAAGCUCGCCACCCUAAAUGUCUCCAACAACUACAUACACAUCAUCGAGAACAUCUCCUGCCUCCCUGACUUGAGCACUCUGCAGAUCGCCCAUAACAAGCUGGAGACUGUGGAAGAUGUGGAACAUCUGAGUCAGUGUCUGGCACUCAGUGCACUGGACAUGUCUAACAAUCUGUUGAAGUACCCGGAGAUCCUGCUGGUACUUGAAGCCAUGCCAGAGCUGCGCCUGCUGAAUCUAAUAGGAAAUGAGGUGGUGAGACAAAUCCCAAACUACAGGAAGACCAUGAUUGUGCGUCUCAAGCAGCUCACCUACCUGGACGAUCGCCCCGUGUUCCCCAAAGACAGGGCGUGUGCAGAGGCAUGGGCAGUGGGAGGGCUGGAAGCUGAGAGGAAAGAGAGGGAGCAAUGGGAAACACAAGAGAGGAGGAAAAUUCAGGACAGCUUGGAUGCCAUGGCAAAGAUUCGGAAGACAGGCCAGGAGACACGGCACCUUCGAGAGCUACAGGAGACAGGGGCAACUGAGGCUUCCACCACUCCAGAGACUCCAUGUGAGGAAAAUGACACCCAGUUUCCGACUUCACCAAAAGGAGAGAUGAUCCAAGCCUUUGUGAAGGACUGCCUGGAUGCCCACGAAGAGUUCUUGCACAGCCAGUCAACACAGGAACCCAACGGACAUCAGCCAAACUGUGACAAUCUAGAAGCAGAGCAGCUAGGUGAUGGUUUCCAGGAGGAUCAGUUAGAGAAGGAUGACCAGGAGAAAUCACAGGUAAAGCAGCCUGUGACAGAAGAGAAAGAGGUUGUGAAUCCAGAGCACUCAGCACAAGAACAAGAAAGUACAGCGGGAAAGAUGCUAGAGACAGAAAACACAGAAGAUGACAAACAACAGGUUAUUAUAAAUGAAGCGGUGAGAGAGCAGGCAAACAUGAGCGAGCCCUUUGAAGAGAAACAGCCUCCUCUGCUCAGGGCAGGUCCUCCUGAAGCAGACGAGGUCGUAGCAGCACAUGGUCCCGGACCUCUGGUCACAGAGCUGGAGGAUGCAGACCAGCUGGAAACCAUUCACCUUCCACCACAUCGCUCACUGCGUAUUGAUGACCUACCUGAUCUGGAGGAUGUGGACACAGACAACUUCACAGCAAUGUUCUCUUCUCAGCAAGUUUACAAACCUACAAUCGAGGUCAUAUCAGGAGGCAGUGGUGAGGAUGAUACAAUCGGGAAUCAGAGCGAGGGCUUCCCACCCGUUGGUUCAGAUAGAAAUUCAUCGUUUUUAAUGAGCGGCUGCAACAAAUCAACCGGGGUCUGCAGCAAUUCUUCAUCAUUGGUGUAUCCAGAAGAUGGGGAUACUCUUGAGCCACAUAUUUUUGAAACGGCGGGAAAGUUCAAACCAAAGCGCACGUCUUCUCCCCCCCGCUGCCUGAUCGAGGAGCUUGAAUGAUGCUUUCAAGGUUUAGAGCAUUUUUGACCAACUGA